AUGGCAAUCACCAGUCUGAGCUCCUCCCUGCUCGAGUCGCUGCUGGCCAGCUUGACUCUGGGUCGCGUCACGGCGCUUGUUUUUCUUCUUACAAUUGUGAGUUUCGCCAUCGACUCGACGAGGAAGCCAACAUAUCCCAAAUCGUUACCCCGAGUUGGCUUCACUGGAGGAAUCGGCGCGACUGUUCGCAACUGGAUGAACCUUGGCAACUACCACAACUGGGUGGAAGAAGGCUACAACAAGUAUGGCAAACACGGCCGCUCUUUCGUCACUCCUUCUUCGCCCAGCCAGCCGGACGAGAUUGUCGUUCCUCGGGAACAGGUAGCAUGGAUGCUCGAACAGCCCGAGACGGUCGCCAGCACCCAAGAAUCCCACAAAGACGUCCUCUUCGGCACCUACAACUUCUUCAAUGUCGACGACCACUUCCCGACCAAGGUGAUGCACAAGCACCUGGCCCGCAACCUGGUCACUCUCCUUCCCGACAUCCAACAAGAAGUCGCCGAGUGCAUCGACAUUGCCUUUGGCACCGACACCGAGAACUGGACUACCCUCAACCUCUGGGAGGCCCUUCUCGCCAUUGUCCCCCGCGUCAUGAACCGCCUAGCCGUCGGCCUGCCUCUCUGCCGCAACCAAGCCUUCCUCUCGAGCCAAGUCGGAUUCGCCGACGACGUCUUCCGCAACUGUCUCAUCCUGACGCUCUUCCCGACGGUCCUGCACCCGCUCGUCGGCCGUCUCGUCACCCUGCCCAACUGGUACCACUUCCACCAAGGCUAUCGCCUGCUCAAGCCCGUCAUCGAGCAGCGCCUCCGCGACUACGAGCGCUUCGAAUCCGGCGAAUCGCAAACCCCACCCGAAGAAUCCCUCAUCACCUGGCUCAUCCGCCAAGCCAAAGCCGACAACCUGCCGCACGAGCAGACGCCCUACAUGAUCGCCAUGCGUCUCCUGCCCAUCGAGUUCGCAGCCAUCCAUACCACCGUCAUCACUCUGCACGCUUUGUUUCUCGACCUGCUGGCCUCCGACCCUUCCAAGGACUACCUGUCCAUCUUGCGGGAGGAAACCACCGCCGUUUUGCAGUCUGAACCCAAUGGCAUUUGGACCAAAAACGGUCUUGCCCGGCUAUACCGCACCGACUCAGCCAUCCGCGAAAGCAUGCGUCUGUCGACCUUCAGCACGGGUCUCACUCACCGUAAAGUUGUAGCCAAGGAGGGAAUCACCAACCCAUUUGAGGGGUGGCAUGCCCCCUACGGAGCCAUUCUGAUGGCGAACAUGAGCGUGCAGCAUGACGCAGACAUUUACGAGGAUCCAAAGACGUACGACGCGCUGAGGUUCUCGAGGGUAAGGGAGGAGUACGAGGCUCGCUCGCAGGAGGAGGUGGAGAAGGGGAAGGAUAAUACAGAGGAGGCCUUGAGGAUCAAGAGGUUGGGGGUGGUGACGACCAGUAGUGAAUUUUUGCCUUUUAGUCAUGGGAGGCAUGCUUGCCCCGGCCGUUUCUUCGUAGCCCACGAAGUCAAGAUGAUGCUGGCCCACAUCCUCCAAAACUACGAUAUCAAGCCUAUUGCCGAGCGACCGCGACCGACGUGGGUGGCGCAUACCAUUAUCCCGGCGUUGGAUGUGAAGAUUGAGGUUAAGCGACGACAGCGGAAGAAUUAAGUCAAUGUCUUUUCAAAUCAUGGUGUAUGAAUGCAUGAUCAGUUCUCUUUGAUGUAGUUGGAUAUACAUAGAUGACGGAUAAUACGCAUAGAGUCGAUAAUCUCCAUGUUUAUAUUUCUC